AUGACCCCAGACCUUGCGAAGACACGGCUAUUCUAUGGACAUUAUCCCUUACACGAUGCUCGAGAAAGACCAUUACACAUCAUAGUUGCGGGAGCAGGGCCUUCUGGGAUUGCACUGGCCAUAGAUCUCAUGAACAUCAAGAACGUAACAUUCCAGAUCUUUGAAAAGAACUCGGACGUUGGUGGUACAUGGCUCGAGAACCGAUACCCGGGAGUGGCUUGCGACGUCGCCAGCCAUCCUAUCAAUACACAUUCGAACAGAAUACCGACUGGAGUCAUCACUGAAGAGAUCGGAGAAUACUUCAAGAAUGUGGCACGCGGUUAUGCCGUGUAUCCUGACGUACAAUUCAAUAGUAGAGUCAACAAUACAAGGUGGGACGCGCAGAAUGCCAAGUGGACUAUCGGAGUGGUCAACACGAUGUCAGGAGAGGAGUUUGAAUCCUCUGGAGACCUCUUCAUCAAUGCUGGCGGCAUCUCGAACAAUUGGGAAUGGCCAGACAUCGAAGGGCUCACAACCUUCGGGGGCUUACGCAUAUGUACGGCCGCAUGGGAUCUUGCUAUACCUCUUAAAGGCAAGAAGGUCGGUAUCAUCGGUUCUGGCGCCACCAGCGUCCAAGUUGUCCCAGCAUCCAGCCGUUGGUUGAGAAGCUUGAGGUCUUCAUCCGGUCGCCAACAUAUGUCCUACCAACUGUGGGGUUUGGUGUGGAAUCUUCCGAGUUCAAUGAACGAUGUAGGACGGUGUUAG